AUGACAGAACAGUCUUCCCAGUCUCCAUAUUCCAACUGGAGCAAUACCAGCCUCAUAAGUCGAAUCCACGAACUAGAGCAACAAUUGCACCAAUACUCCCAAAAUGCUCCAUCAACAAAUGCCUCUGAAAGUGAAAAGAAUAGAAAGACGACGGAACAGACGGAGAGAACAACAGUUCAAAGUCGACCCCGCGAACGAUCCACGAGUUCGAACCCUCCCCGAAAGUCAGAGAAGAAACGCCGUAAAAUAGAUCCUUCUAAAUAUUCUACUCGUCAUAUUGCCCUUAAGUUUGCUUACCUGGGCAAACGGUAUAAUGGCUUAGAACAUGCGAAUGGCAAUUUCACGGAGGUGCCUACAAUUGAGGAGGAGCUGUGGAAAGCUUUGCGGAAAACCCGCCUUAUAUUCCCGACCCAUAAAGACUGUAUCGAUGAUUUUGCUGUCCCUUCACGCCCACAGUCGAUACAUUGGGAUGGAUGCCAGUACUCUAAAUGCGGUCGGACGGACAAAGGUGUCAGCGCCUUUGGACAGGUGAUAGGGAUACGGGUUCGAAGCUUAAAGCCAGCAGCACCGAGUCUCGCAGCUGAAGGAAAAGGGAAACGAACUACAGGCUCUGCUGCUGCUGCAGUAUCAGAACCUGGGGAUGAAAAUAUACUAGGCAGUUUUGAUGUCUCUGAUAAGGAAGAAGCUAAGGCACCAGUUUGGGACGAUAUUGCAGAUGAAUUGCCUUAUAUACAAAUAUUGAACGGGGCACUUCCGGAUGAUAUAAGGGUUUUAGCUUGGUGCCCUCAUCCACCCCCAGACUUUGAUGCGCGGUUUUCCUGCCGACAGAGACGGUACCGUUACUUCUUCACACAGCCAGCGUUCUGCCCUGCGCCGGGGGCUCGAGGAAUUGUCAGAGCCCCUGAAUUGAAGCAAGACCUGUCUUUACCGAAACUCAGAGAAGGUUGGCUGGAUAUUGAAGCUAUGCGUGAGGCAGCACAACAUUUUGUUGGAAGCCACGACUUUCGGAAUUUCUGUAAAGUUGACACGAGCAAGCAAAUAACGAAUUUUGUGCGCCGCAUUCUACGUGCAGAUAUAGAGCUUGUGGAUCCUCAAAAAACCCCCCUUGGCUUCGUGCAAAUGCCUGGGUUUGAGCAAUUCGACAACAGCCCAAGAAAUACUGGAGUUUCCGAAAGCGUCAGUGAUACCAGUCCUGCAGCGGCCAAGGUAUACUCAUUCACGGUUCACGGCACGGCAUUUUUAUGGCAUCAAAUUCGUCAUAUGGUCGGAAUACUGUUUCUUGUUGGUCAAGGCCUCGAGCCCCCGUCCAUUGUUCCCCAGCUUUUAGAUGUAACAAAAAACCCACGCCGUCCUGUAUAUGAGAUGGCAUCGGACAGUCCUUUAGUUCUCUGGGAUUGUAUAUUUGGGGAAGAGGAGGAUGAGUUAGAUUGGGUCUACCCAGGCGACCCGCGGGCUGGGAAAUCACAUUCACAAAGGACUGAUGGUAACUUUGGUCAAGGUGGUAUUGUUGAAGAUCUAUGGUCUCUUUGGAGAAACCGGAAGAUCGAUGAGCUGCUAGCUGGCACACUGUUGGAAUCCAUGGCGAACCGAGGUCAGCUGACGGCCUUAUCCAAAGGAGACGACCAUCCAUCCAAUCUAGGACAAGCAGCCCGAAGCCCUAGGGUGUUUAGCGGAGGGGAUAACGGGAAGCCAGUUGGAAAGUACGUGCCACUUCUGGAAAGGACAAGGCUUGACCCUGUCGAGGACAUGAAUGCCCGGUACCUAUCGAAAAAGGGGCACAAGUAUUGGAACAGAGUGUUGGAGUACCAAGAAGAACAGCGGAAAGCAGCGCUCGACGCUGAAUGA